CCACUUUAUGGAAAGGAAAGGAAUUUAGCUCCUCCAGCAAAACAGAAAUUGCCAGCUCCUCUCUUCUUGCCCGAGGGUGAUGGACUCCUUUAGAGCAGCAGUAACUUUAUUUCUGAUUUAUUUCUUUGCUGGUGCUACUGCUACCAUUAUCAGUGCUGAAGAGAACAGCACAGUCUCCCUUCCUUGCUCUUUACCUGAACCAGCAACCAACACUCAUUGGUACAAAUGGAGCUCUGACUCAGACUCAGUCAAUACCCAGAAUCCUCUUUUCUCUGAUUAUCAGCUUGUAAAUGUAACACAAAAUUCUACAAGCUCUUACAAGCUGAGCAACAAGAACGAUUCCAGUGCUCUUGUUAUCAACAAUUAUUCCUCGGGAAAUGAUUCAGGGUAUUAUUAUUGUAAAAAAGAAAUAUCUGACACCAAAGUGUUAUUAUCCUGUCCGACCCUUUUGAUUACUCCACCUGGGCCAGAGUCUCCCUUUCUUGUUAACCCAGCCAGCAAAACUUCACUUAUAUAUUUCAAUGUGGCAUUGCUAUGUACUCCACCAGCUCCCUUCCUCUCUUCUCCCUUCCUCUCCCCUCCCUCUCUCUCUAUCCACUGGACAAAAGGCAACACUUCAAUUAACACCACGGAUGGGUCCAAAUUCAUCAUGGCUGACGGAGGGAAUCUGUAUAUUAUAAGGCCAGAUUUGAGUGAUAGUGGUCUGUACCAGUGUGUAGCUACAGAUACAGUCCAUGGUAUUGUGUAUAAGUCAAAUGUUGCCCAGUUAACUAUUACUGGUAAUUUUGCCUAUUUCCCAUCAAUGCCUCAGUUUCAAAUUAAACCUCACAAUAGAACAGUUUUGAGAGGUCAAUCGACACAAUUUGAGUGUAUAUCAAAUGGCUAUGAGUUAGAAUGGUCACGUCCUGACCACCCCUCCUUCCCUCUCACCUCGACUGCUGCUGCAGGUAGUAUAUUAGAACUUAAGUCAGUGAGUGAAGAGGAUGGUGGUCUAUACAGAUGCAGUGCUGGUUCUGGAAUGAUGCAGAUACAAGAAGAUGUCUAUCUCACUGUUAUUGAUGAGUUUAAUAUCUCUCUGUCAAUCAGUUCUUUCUAUCCUUCAUCUGGCUCAAUCCUAACAGUACAAUGCUUAACUCCCACCUCUCAUUCUCUCACUGGGCGUAUUAACGUCACCAUUCAAGUGGGUGGAGUCACUUAUCAUGACCCCGCCUAUCACAAUGGAGUAUUCAUGCAAGACGUGUAUGUUGGUUAUGAGGAAGGUCAGGUGGUUAGUGUCCAGUGUAUUGGUGUCAGUGAGUAUGGAUACUGUGAUGAAGAGACUCUUAGUGUUAUCGUUAAUUCAUCAGUUCCUCAUCAGUCAGUAUCAGCUACUCUAACCCCAACAGCUGCAAGUACAGCAAGCACUCUCCCCCCAUCAUCUUCUACCUCUUCUUCACCUUCUACGCCUUCUCCCACUCCUGUCCCUCAGCCAGUAAUUGUUAGCACAUCUCCUGAAUCAACUUACAUAAUGCCUGGACAAGAGAUCACACUGACGUGUUACAUUAAAGCUGGCGUCCCUUUACUAAUUACACAUUGGACAAGUGGACAGUAUAGUAUUCAGCAGACCCAGAAUGGUUCGAUUCAUACGUACAUACUAACAGUAAAUGUAUCAGAGCCUGGCAACUACAUCUGUGAAGUCUUUACUAUUGAUUACAAGAUGCACACUCGUGUGUCUCAAGUUAGCAUAGCUCCUUUAACAGUUAGAGUCCCUCAAGAUGAAGUUACUGUCAACGAGGGACAAAGUGUCAACUUGACCUGUUUAUUUAAUUACAGGCAAUCUCUGAUGAUAGUAUGGAGUACUGGAACAGCUGGAUUAUUAACUAACAUACACAAUGAAGUAACUCCCAAUGGUACAGUCUCUGUGCUAAUGUUAUCUUCACUGGAUGUGACAGAUGCAGCUGUUUACAAUUGCUUUGCCGCCAUAACUAGCAAUCAUAGCAUAACUGGUUCUGUUAGACUCACUGUUAAUUACCUCCCUCCUUCUUCUCCUCCUCUUGAUGUCAAGGCUGAGUGGAUGCCUUCUCUUCCCUUACUCCUCAUUUCCUGGUCUCCGCCCGCUAGCAAUGACUCCAAUCUUCUUGGCUACAAGUUAAACUGGGACCUCUCCUCUCGGUAUCAUUAUCACCAGACGCUACCAAAGUCAGCAAGAGGGGCAGUACCCUACACCACUCGGUUCUUUACUAUUAAUAAUCUGAUCGUGAAGGAGACUUAUUUAAUUAGUGUGUGGGCGUAUGGUCUUGGAGGAGACGGGCCAAGUUUCAACCUCAAAAAGUUUUUACCAGAGUCACAGUUGCCUUCUCCUACCAGUUCUUCUAGUAUUGCUGUCACGACAGCAAUUUCUUCGGCCACUCCUACCCCGAGUGUCGCACCAUCUGCCUCUUAUGAGUUGGAGUGUAUUAGAAUCACUUCGUUAAUGGGUGGAGUCAGAUUUAAUAAUACUCAAAGCAGAGGGGUUCACCAUUACUCUGUACGAUACAGCUGCUUGUUGGCUGGUAACCUAGACAUAAUAGACAUACCUGCGAUUGCCAAUGGAUUAUUCGUUCCACUUUAUAACUUAACCCCUGGGCAGUGCUGGGUCACAGUCUAUGCACUAGCAUAUACUGCAGCUGGACAGUCGUAUUCUGUAUUAGAAGAAUCAUGUGUGAUAGAGCCCAGUCCAUUAGAUGAUCAUAUUUCAGUUGGUUUGCAGUGGAUCAAUGGCUCUGUACUAAAGCUUAGCUGGUCCAUGUCUUCUCUUCUCUCUUCUCUUGAAACUGAUCCCAUUGUUGUAGAAUGGAGGAAGAGAAAUUCCAGUACUAUUUCUCUCCUCUCCACCUCCCCCUGGUCCUCUAACCCUCUACUUUGGUCAUUUAAUGAACAUAAGGCUGAUUAUGUGGUUGAAAUUCGUAUUAAAAUUGGCACUAAUGUUAUUCAUACUCUCAUUAUGACUCCACCUUCUCCAUUCUCUUCCGCUACUCCCAAUCCAUCUUUGACCACACCUACCUCUACUCCUCAAUCUUCAAAUCAAUCUACGUCCUAUUACGCCAACCCGUGGUUAACGUACGGGAUCGGUAUAGCCUUGUUGGUGUUUGUUUGUUGUCUGGCGUUGUUGUUGGUAUUGACAUUAAAGUAUGUGCAAACAAGCAGGAGAGAGAUAGCAAAGGUGUCUGAUAAACGUCAUGCAUCUAAUAAACCUCAAGCCCCUCCUCCUUCUCUCUCCUUCUACUCUCAUAACAAGAGACCAAUCUCAGUCGUGUCUUACGACAGUUUAAGGAAACCUCUAUCUGCUCCUUCUCCUCCUCUUUCUUUCGCGUCCUCUUCCUCCUCUGCCUCUUACUCAGAGAGGAAAGUUAUCAACAUUAGGAGGAUCGACACUGAUGUCUAAUAUUAAUCAAUUAAUUAAUGCUACUUGAUCGUCACGAAUCCGACUUGUACAUGUGUGGAUGUAAAAUGUAAACAUUUUUUGAAAAUUUUUAUCAUUGUUUGUGUGUGUGGAUCAUUGUCACCUUCAAUCACAUUUUUACAAUAUUAUUCAUUUUUUAUGACAUAUUUUGAUACAUUCCUCCUUCUUUGUAGCUAUGUAAAUGUAUAGCGAGUUUGAACAAAUUCUGUUUGUUUUUUAAAGCUAUUGGCAUCUAAAAAUAAGCAUUUUUUAAACAGUGGGAACCUUAA